AUGGGACCCAGAAAAUGCAUCUGGGAAGGCUGGUCCCUGGAGAGAGAGGCCCUGCUGCCAGAGUGGAGCACCUGGCUCCUGAUCUGCACCUGUGUCAGCACCUGGGUCGGGCCUGGAGUCUCCAUCCACGGGGAAGGAGGAGGGCUCGAGGCUGGAUCUUUCACCUGCCUCAACAACAAUGUCCUAAGGAUUGACUGCCACUGGUCUGCCCCAGAGCUGGGUCAGGGCCCCAGUCCCUGGCUCCUCUUUACCAGCAACCACAUGCUGGGCAGCAAGCAUAGAUGGGUGCCGCCGCCUGAGGAGGUGCUCAUGCCUUCCAACAACUUCACCAUCACUUUCCACCAUUACGUGUCUGGGAAGGAGCAGGUCAGCUUGGUGGACCCACAGUACCUGCCCUGGAGACACAUGAAGUUGGACCCUCCCUCGGACUUACACAGCAAUGUCAGCUCUGGGUCCUAUGUCCUGACCUGGGGCGUCAGUCCUGCCUUGGAGCCUCUGGCCACCAUCCUCAGCUACGAGUUGGCCUUCAAGAAACAGGAAGAGGCCUGGGAGCAGGCCCGGCACAGGGAUCACAUUGUCGGGGUGACCUGGCUCACCCUUGAAGCUAUAGAACUGGACCCUGGCUCCAGCUAUGAGGCCAGGCUGCAUGUCCAGAUGGCCACACUGAAGGAGGAGAUGGUGCAGGAGCAGCACCGUGAGGGCCAGUGGAGCGAAUGGAGCUAGUCUGUGUGCUUCCCAUCUCCUCAGAGCCCUGUUCAAGGUGGGGGUCUCCCUCCUAGAGGGACUCCCCUCACUCGAUAGCCCAACAGCAGCACCCUUGUUGCUGUGCCCGUCUUUCUGCUGCUGACCAGCCUGACCUACCUCGCAGUGUUCAAGCUUUCACCCAGGAUGAAGAGAAGCUUCUACCAGAACGUACCCUCUCUGGCGCCAUUCUUCCAGUCCGCUAGUGUGCACCACGGGGACUUCCAGGUGCAUGCACAGCCUGUGGCAGGAGUGGGAGUGGGGCUGGGGUCACCCACAGGAACGGAAUUGCUAGAUCAUAUGGAGGCCCGCCUUCUCCGCCUCCGCCGCGGAGGUGGGGCCGCGUCCACGCGGGCCGGAGACCCUCAGGACCCGCGGCGGGAGGAGCAGGUGAGGAGACGCCGCCGAGCGGGGUUGCUGGGGGCCGUGCUCACAGGACCAGCGGAGGAUGCCGCGCUGCACCGACGCGGGGGUUUCCGGGCCGUGUUUGCGGUGACCUGGGGUCCCGCGCAGGGCCAUGCCGGGGCUAGGGUGUACCCCGUUUCUGGGCUCGGGAUCCCGUGGGAAGCUGCGCUCAGCCGUGUUAUGUGCCACACGGAUUCGGGUCCUGCAGCCCCUCAGGCCGUUUGCAGCCGGGGAGCUCCCGCCGCCGCCGCCUCCGCCUGCAGGGUCCUCUCGCGUCUACACUGCUUCGGGGCUGUUGGCUCCGUGCGCGUGACCACGCCGGUGGGAGGUCGGAAGGACUGCGCUGACUGCGUAGACAGCCUCGGGGAGCGGUAUUUUCACAGCAUCGGGUCUUCCGGUCGCCGAGCACGGAGGGUCCCAGUGGCCGCGUGUCGCCCUGGGUGUCCCCGGGGGUGCGGGUCGGGGAGCAGGCCUGUCACCUGUUCAUUAUUCCCUGGGGAGGGAGGCAGCUGGGCGGCUGUGUCGGAGGAGCGUUCCUGGAGAGCAGCAGGUUGA